CUAUAUCUGAUGCAUAUGAUAUACAUGUAAUAUGAUGUCCAACUAUACAUAAUGGUUCAGAAUGAUUACGGUUAGAUGCGGAACUAAGAGUGAUUACUACAAUCUACUAGAGACCCCGCUUACUCCUCUAUUUGUUCCAUUUCUACGAUUUAACAGCGAUCCGGAGUCUGGUCAGGUAGAGACUAGGUAGUGUCUGACUCAGUUCAAACUUGACGCUCUAUCAAUUAUUCAAAGCUGCUCUCACCAGCUAUUGGUUGAUACUACUAAAUUCAAAUGAAGUCUAGUUACCUAGUAACAAGCAUAGUAUGGUCCAAACAAAACACGUCAUCUAUUCUAUAUAUUCCAGGCUGUACAGACGAGCUUUUCCGCGAGAUGAUUUCUCUGCCCUUUGAAAUUUUCUCAGUGAAAACAAGUAAUACUUUCAACUUUGACACAUUGGUGGUAUCUGAACCUCAGGGUAUGGCUAACCACCAUUUGUAUUGGUGUAACACGUCACCUUCGCGCUGGAUACAUUGCAGAACCGUUGGAUUUGACCUAUCUUGGCCUAAUUAGAUAUCCACUCCCGUGGUCACAAGAGGGCAUCUCAAAACCCUUUGCUGAAAUGACCCCGAAAACCGAAACGCGUUUUGUCAUCAUUCUGCUGCUGCUGUUGCUGCUGAUGGGGCCUUCUGAAGGGGUCCGGCGUCGGCGUCGGAGAAGGCGGACCCCUCCCGUCAACUGUGUCUGGGGCCCGUGGGGCAGCUGGGGCGGCUGUUCUGCCCCCUGCGGGAACUCUGGCACCAGGACCCGGACCAGGUGGGUCGCCCAACUCCCUCUGCACGGCGGGAUUGGCUGCGCAGGGCCAAGCUCACAGACGGAGCCGUGCAACCGGUUCUGCUUUAAUGGCGGCACUCCUUUUGCCUCUCACUGUGCGUGCGCAGGUGACUUCUGGAACACCUGCUGUGACUCAGCCUGUACCCCCAUCAGCCACUGCGCCAGCCUGAGCUGUAGUCACGGCAGUAACCAGCAGUGCGGGCGGUGUGACGGGGAUUACGGCGUCAGGGGACAGGCGUACGAUAACCUGGGGACAAGAUGCAGACAGGCCUGUUCGUGGCGUGAGGACAGCAACAGCUGUUACCCGGGGACAUGUCCCGCAGGUGUUCAAUCCUGCACCUGCGCACCUGGCUUCGGAGGUCCCCACUGUCGCACAGUUCAGCAAGCUCCAGCUUUUCGUGAUUGUUCCUAUGAACUAACAGGAAACAAUGAGCUUGGCACUGUAAAAGGCAGUUGCAGCCAAUCCAUUGAGGAUGGUGAUGCAGGUUACUUCAACAUGACCCAAGUUGAACGGAUCAGGGUGAAGUGGACUGCGACCUUCCAGCCAGACUCCCUUCCUACUCUGCCAGUCUAUGUUAAAAGCAUGGCUCUCGGCAUCACAGCAGCAAGUAUUGUAGUAUCACUGCAAAAUGAGAACUUUCAGAUUUCUGCUUCUGCGACGACAACCUGCAGCACAGCCAUAGGCACAGCAACAGCAGAUAAUCCCGAACAGGACAUGUUCACCUGUGAGGAGGUCAUCUCACUCGACUGGCCUGUCUCACAUGGACAAGGGAUACAAAUCCUCCUGCAGGCCACAGCUGGAGGAAACAUCCAUCUGUACGAUCGGGACAGCAACAGUGCAGUCAUGGUCAAGUACUUCACUGGUUUCCAGGGUAACCACACAGCUGACAUCAUCUAUGACAUCAAUGCUCCCGGACAAGGAACACCUUCACACGGUAAGACACCUUCACAAGGGACGACACCUUCACAAGGCAAGACACCUUCACAAGGGAAGCCACCUUCACCAGAACGUUCUACUGAUAUACCCUGGGUUCUCUAUGGCGGGCUUGGUGCAGGAGUUGUCAUCUUCCUCAUCACCACUGUGGCUAUCUGCUGCUGCUGCUACUGCAGGAAGGGCCAAAGUGACACCCGGCAAACAGCCUCCCCAGCCUCAAAGAACUGCUAUAGCAACAGUGCCUACAACCCUGAUUUUGACUCUCGUUACCAAAGCCCUUUUGCCUCUGCACCACCUGUACCAGUCAGUACAUAGACUUUUCUUAGAGAAAGUCAGAAAGAUUGUGUAUAUGAAGAUCUUAAGCCUCACAUGUACCAGACACACAAGCUUCAAUAGAUAAGGGAACUUACCAGGCUAUGAAUCUCAGUGAAAUCUCUUAAUGUGGUGGAAAAGUGCUGUGUUGCCUAAUACGAAUGCACUGUACAAAACUUCUGAUAUAGAUACAUGACAGACUUUGUACAGAAUAUUAUUUAUUUACUUAG